CCCGUUACAACAAUGACCCACAGCAAAGAUCCAUAAUCUAUUCACCAAUGGAUGACGCGGAUUUUCUUCUUCAGCUCCGCCAUCCCUACUUAACCACACCGCAUUCAGUUUCAGCCUGAAUUCAUCAAUUGCCGGCCAUCUCCGAGAGGACAGACGACAAUCUCUUUUCAACAACAAGUUCUACAGCACUAAGGCCUCCCUUCACUGUUCAUCAUCUGUGGGGUUCAACACGUUCACGAGAAGAAGUCUUUAAAUAUACCAUCACCUGCUUUUAACUUGCUCAUGACUUCUCCCAACUAAUUUUGACUCUUCCUUACCAAAACUCACUCCCUUGGGAUCAAUUUUUCCUUUUUCUACUUACUUUGAUUCCAUCAAAAGAUUUUGAAUACCUAACAACAUCAAAUCCUCCGAGUCCAAAUCUAGAAAAUACAAGAUUCAGCUCAAUUUCUUCCCUUCCCCACUCAACUCCCCGCUAAUCUCGCCUCCCACCAUUCCUUUUACUAUUUCCCUCUGUUAAAUAUGCCUUGUUUCCCUCCUCCAUGUCCAAACAACAAACAACAUUAACAAACAAACAAUAUCAUUCCAAAUCCAAAUCGCACACUCACCAUGUCUGUUCUCUUCUUCCUCUUCUCUCUCCCUCUCCUCUUCUCCCCUUCCCUCUCCCUCCACUUUGGCAAUACUUCAUACUUCAUAGACUGUGGCGGUUCCACAAACACAACCGAUCCAUUCAACACGACAUGGCUGUCCGACCGUUACUUCACAGGCGGAGCUACCUCUGUAGUGUCAGAGCCACUCCACUUCCUCUACCCUCAAGAAAAAAAUCUCCGAUUCUUCCCUCUCUCCUCCGGCAAAAAAAACUGCUACGUUCUCCCUCUCCCUAACGGCCGUUACUACUUCCGUACAUUCACUGUAUACGACAACUACGACGGAAAAUCUAACCCUCCUUCAUUCGACGCAUCCGUCGAGGGUACUCUCGUCUUUUCCUGGCGUUCUCCUUGGCCUGAGAAUCUCGCUCGUGACGGCGCGUACUCCGAUCUCUUCGCGUUUGUUAAAGACGGUGAAGCGGAUGUUUGUUUUUACAGUAUUGCCACUGACCCUCCUGUCAUUGGAUCCCUCGAAAUCCGUCAAAUCGAUCCCUUAUCUUACGGUUCGUCAACAAUCGGCGAUAAAUUCACCCUCGUUAAUUACGGCCGUUUAUCCUGUGGGUCCACACAGUGGGGCCCGGGGUUUAGCAACGACACAGAUGAUUUUGGCCGAACAUGGCAGUCCGACUCCGAGUUCCAAACUCCAAACACGACAAAAAUAAUCCACUCCAUCUCCACCCGAGAAACCAUAACCGGCACCAUUCAGCCGCCUAAUUAUUUUCCAAUGAAGCUUUACCAAACGGCGGUAACUGGAGAUGGAACACUGGAGUAUGCAGUGUCAGUCGAUGCGAAAAUGGAUUAUUUGUUGUGGUUUCAUUUCGCGGAGAUUGAUUCAAGUGUGAAGCAGAAAUCGGAGAGAGUGUUUGAUGUGGUGGUGAAUGAGAAGAAUGUGGAGAGGGUGGACGUUUUCGAGGAAGUUGGGAGUUUUGCAGCUUAUAGUUGGAGUUACACAGUGCAUAAUUUGAGCAGUACUGUGUUGACUCUGAAGUUUGUGCCGGUUGUGGGCGCACCGAUAAUUAGUGGCAUUGAGAUUUAUGCUUUGGUUCCUAAUGAUCUCUCAACCAUGCCCGAGCAAGUGGUGGCAAUGAGAGCGUUGAAAGAGUCGUUACGGGUUCCUGAUAGAAUGGGAUGGAAUGGGGAUCCUUGUGCUCCUACUAGCUGGGAUGCUUGGGAAGGAGUUACAUGCCAUCCCAACAAAGACGAGACUGCACUUGUGAUAUCACAAAUUGAUCUUGGAAGUCAAGGCUUGAAAGGCAGUAUAAGUGAGCAGAUUACUCUUUUGUCGGACUUGGUAAGCCUGAAUUUGAGUACUAAUUCUUUGGGAGGAACUCUACCAUCAGGAUUAGGUCAACAAUCUCUUGUCCGGCUGGAUUUGUCCAACAAUCAGUUCUUGGGCCCUAUACCAGAAAGUUUAGCCUCGGUAACUCAUCUGCAGCUUGUGCUGUUGAAUGGUAACUUAUUGGAAGGGCGAGUACCAGAGGAACUUUAUUCAAUUGGUGUGCAUGGUGGAGCUAUUGAUCUCUCAGGUAACAAAGGUUUGUGUGGUGUACCAUCUUUGCCACAAUGCUCUCUAUUAUGGGAAAAUGGUCGCUUGUCCACUGGUGGUAAAAUUGGGAUAGGCUUAUCCUGCCUGGUAAUUGUUUCUGUGCUUGUAUUGGGAUACAUAAUCUGCAUCAGGAGGCGUCGAAAUGAUUACGACUUUGCUCCACCUCACGAUCUAAUGUCAAUGGCUGCCAAGAGAAACAGAUACCAGAGGCAGAAGUCCUUGAUGCUUCUUGAAAUGGAGAGCCAACAUGCCAAAGGGUUACCAUCACCUUAUGGUCCACAUUAACAGACUUUUGAAAAAAGAUAAUAUUGAUCUUCAUAUUCUUCAGCUCACUAAGAGAGCAUGGAGAGGGGACCCUGGAUGUAGUUAGUUCGAAGUGCUCACAUAGGAUGUGAGCUGCAUCUGCUCCACAAAGGAAACUUCGUGGGUUUGGAUUCUUUGAACAAUGGAAAUAAGAUGGGGUCUAAAAAAGUCACACUGUCUAUAGAAUGCAAUGUAUCUGGUAUUUUUUUCCCUUCUUACUGACAACAAACUGGAUAAGCCUUCCUAGUGUAUCAUAGCGGCUUUGCAGCAUUUUAUGACAAGUUGCUGUGAGUAGAUCUUCAAUUUAUGUUACACAUUUAUACCCAGUGGUCCCAGAUGUGGUAGCAUUGUAUGAUACAACUUUUUGGUUGAUUAUUUUUCCAGUUCCUUGCGGAAAUUAUUUUCAGCUUAAGCAAUGUUUAUCUGUCAUGGACUGACAUUUCCUUCC